CCAAAGAGCAAGAAAGUAUCAGCUGCAUCAGCUAGAGCUUACAGAAGAAGAGCAAAGAACAGCAGCUCUUUUAAGCUUUCUUCAACAAUGUUUGCACAAAUAGCAGUGGGAAUAGUAGGGGGUUUUCUGGUCUGGGCUUAUCUUUCAAUGAAGCCUGCUCCUCCAAAAAUAUGUGGUUCCCCUGAUGGCCCUCCAGUGACUUCACCUAGAGUCAAACUCAGUGAUGGGAGAUAUUUGGCCUACAAAGAGGCUGGUGUUAGCAAGGAACAAGCUAAGUACAAGAUCAUUCUCAUUCAUGGCUUUGACAGCUCCAAAGAUAUGAUCCUGCCAAUUUCACAAGAUCUGAUAAACGAGCUCCAGAUAUACCUUCUGUCAUUUGAUCGUGCAGGGUAUGGGGAGAGUGAUCCAUAUCCAAAGCGCUCAGUAAAGACUGAAGCAUAUGAUAUUCAAGAGCUAGCUGACAAGUUGCAUAUUGGCCCAAAGUUCCAUAUAUUUGGCAUCUCCAUGGGAGCAUAUCCUGUUUGGGGUUGUCUGAAAUACAUCCCUCACAGGUUGUCAGGAGUUGCACUGGUAGUUCCAUUUGUUCACUACUGGUGGCCUUGUCUCCCCGCCGAACUAUCCAAACAUUCCCUUAGGAAGCUACUUGUUCAAGACCAAUGGGUAUUUCGAGUAGCACAUUACACCCCAUGGUUGCUUAAUUGGUGGAUGACCCAAAAAUGGUUCCCAUCCUUAAGUAUAAUGGAAGGAAAAACAGAUAUUUUAAGCAGCCAAGAUCUUGAGAUAUUAAAGCAGUUGUCAGGUGUCUUAAAUGAUGGACAGGAGAAAGUGAGACAGCAAGGUCUUUAUGAAUCUCUCUAUCGUGAUAUACUAGCCGGUUAUGUGCAGUGGGAAUUUGAUCCCACUGAUAUAGCUGAUCCAUUUCCAAAUAAGGAGGGCUCAGUUCAUCUUUGGCAAGGCUAUGAAGAUAGAAUUAUCCCAUUUGAAAUAAAUCGUUACAUAUCAGAGAAACUGCCAUGGAUUCGAUAUCACGAGGUUCCUGAUGCUGGACAUUUGCUGACCUUCAAUGGCAGCUUAUGUGAAUCCAUAGUGAGGGAACUUUUGACUGCAUGAUGUCGUUCAUCCUCAUGAUGGCUUCAAAAAGUUUUACAAAUAAAUAAUGUCUUCAUGAGUACGUCCCCUCGAGUGAAUUCAACAUAUCCAUAGAAAGCCUUCUCAUCUCUGUAUUAAUUGUAGGGAUUUUAAAAGCAAUGCCAAGUUUUCACAAGUUUUAGCUUCA